GGAAGGAGAUAUAGCGUUUCUGAUCUGAUACAGCAGAUGGCUGAUAACUUCUAGUAGAUUCUCGACGCAGUCUGACUUGGAAGCAUUGUUCUUUUCGCCACUAAUUACGAAAGAAAAGAAUUCAUUAAUACAGGGGCACAUAAUCAUUAAUCCCACAUCAUAUGAAUGUCUCACAUUUCUCGCGUGAUUCAAAGUUGAGUUGCCUAAACUUAUUGGUCUGUGAUAUCCACGCCCAUGCAUGGCUGCUUAUCUUUGUGCUUAGUCCAACCUUAUUGAAGUAAAAGAUUGGAACAAAGUGGUUUCUCACAAUACAAAAUAUUCACAAUCUUGCAAAAUCUUCUCUUGCUCACGGAAGAAAGAAGAAUAGAAUGGCCGACCCACUUACCAGCAUGGUUGCUCAAGAAAUCCUGAGCAGGGUGAUCGUCCUUGCAAUCCAAGGGAUUAAUCUCAGGAAGGAUUCAAGGGAACAACUUAAUAAUCUGAAAAAGAAAUUAGAAAUGAUUCAAGGCGUGCUACAAGACGCCCAGAAUCGACAAACAAUGGAGCAAAGAGUCGGAAAUUGGUUGAAGAAGGUUCAGGAUCUAGCUUAUGAUGCCGAGGACGUGCUGGACGAGUUCACAAUACUAAUUCAGCAACACAAAACGACGACGACCAGGACAGACAAGGUACGCAGCUUCGUUAAGACGAUCGUUACGGUUUCACCUCUCUUUAAGAUUGCCGACAGAAUUAAGAGCAUAAAUGAAUCUUUUGACAAUCUUGGAAAGGAAGCGACUAUCAUGCGGCUUGUGCCUACAGACAAUGAGACUGUUGAAAGUCGAACCACCCAUUCCAUGGUAGACGAAUCAGAAGUCUUUGGAAGAGAUGGUGACAAAAUGAGAAUCCUAAGCCUUUUAAUUAACCCAGAUGAUGGAAAUAAAGCUAUUUCGAUCCUCCCCAUCGUAGGUAUGGCUGGACUCGGGAAGACCACCCUCGCUCAAGUAGCAUUCAACAAUGGCGCGGUAGUAGCACAUUUUGAUGAACGUAUGUGGGUUUGUAUCUCGGUAGAUUUCAACAUUGAAAGAAUUUUAAAACAAAUCCUAGAAAGCCUUGGAGAAAUGAAUGUCAUAUCAAAUCUGGAUGUGAUGCUCCGUAGCCUUCAAAGUAAGUUGAUGGGAAAGAAAUUCUUGCUAGUACUGGAUGAUGUCUGGGAUGAAAAUCGGAGCAAUUGGAAUACGUUAAGAGGUUUCCUGUUGAAAACCCAAGCAGCAAGAGGGAGCAAAAUUAUUGUGACUACGCGCAAAGAUGAGGUUGCGAAAAUCAUGGGCACACUUCCGACGCAUCACUUGGGACUAUUGUCAAAAGAAGAGUGCUGGUUAAUUUUCAGAAAAAGAGCAUUUGCUGAAGGAUCAGCGGCACAAGAGACUCCAAGACUGAUUGAAAUAGGAAAAAAGAUGGUAGACAAAUGCAGAGGCCUACCUUUAGCAGCAAAGGCUCUUGGAAGUCUGAUGUACUACAAGCAAGAGGAAGAGUGGGUGUCUGUCCAAACAAGUGAAAUUUGGGAUUUAUCAGAGGCUGAAUCAGGUGGAAUCUUACCAGAAUUGAGGUUGAGCUAUGACCAUUUGCCAUCCAACAUAAAGCAAUGCUUUAAGUACUGUUCUGUGUUUCCCAAGGAUUACGAGAUCGAUAGAAUGAUGCUUAUUCAGCAGUGGAUAGCACACGGAUUCAUAGACUUUCAAGGGUCAUCCAGUCAAGCUGCAGCUAACAAAGAAAUGGAGGAUAUCGCUAAUGACUCGUUCAAUUACUUACUGUGGAAUUCUUUCUUUCAGGACGUAAAGAAAAAUGAGUAUGGAGACAUCGAAACAGUGAAGAUGCACGAUCUUGUGCAUGAUCUUGCACAACAUGUUUCCAAGGCUGAGUGUUUGUCAUUUGUCGAAGACGAUAAGGUUAAUGACAUUACUAUUACUACUGAUGUUCGGCACUUAUCUGUGUAUGCUCCAAAAUUACCGAAGUUACUGAAUGUCUCAGUAUCGUAUGAGGCGAACAAGCUCCGGACUUGCCUUUUGUGGCUUAAUUUUGAUGAUCUUAUGAAUGUUUCCGACUUACUUGAAGGUUUUUCUGUUGACAGGCUUUCGAAAUUUAAGUGCCUGCGUGUAUUAGAUUUGGUGGGUAUCACUCACUUGCCAGCAUCAUUCCAAAAGUUCAAAUUACUAAGAUACCUUGACCUGUCAGAAAAUCAAUGUGAAAAAUUACCGGAGUCAAUCACCACUCUCUACAAUCUACAGACGCUAAGGCUCAAGAAUUGCAGGAAGCUUAAAGUGCUUCCCAUAGAGAUGCGGAAGCUCAUUAACUUGAGGCAUCUUAAUCUAUUCGGAUGUAUUAGCUUGGAAAAGAUGCCAAUGGAGCUGGGGAAAUUACUUUGCCUCCAGACAUUACCCAUGUUUAUAGUGGGUCGAGACAACGGAUAUGGUAUUGAAGAGUUGCAAAAGCUAAUAAACCUAAGAGGUUUAUUAGCAAUUACAAAUCUAGAGAAUGUGAACGAUGGAAGAAGAGCCAAGGAUGCAAAAUUAGAAGACAAGCUUUACAUCCAGAGAUUGGAUUUGGAAUGGUGCAGGCCAUGCGAUAUCAACAUUCAUCAUGAUGUGGAUUAUGAUGAUGUGCUGGAAAGUCUGGAACCUCACCCAAAUUUGAAGGGGUUGCAAAUUAGUAAUUUUGGGGGCAGUAGAUAUCCUGGGUGGAUGAGGGAGAUUGAAUCAUUUCUCCCCAAUUUGGUCGGAAUAGCACUAGAUGGAUGCUGGAGAUGGGAAAAUCUUCCCAUGCUUGGUCAUCUACCAUUGCUUAAGAUUCUUGAAUUACGCCGGAUGAUGUUUAGACGUAUCCAGUUCCAUGGAGAAAACAGUAGCAGUGAUGAUGGUGGUAGCAAGCAAGCAACAACAAAACGAAUGUUCCCAUCAUUGAAAACCUUGUGGCUGACAGACAUGCCUAUGUUGGUGGAGUGGAUGGAAGUUUCUACCUCUUCUUCUUCCUUUUUCCCUUGUCUCGAGAAGUUAAUCAUCAAGAAGUGCGCCAAGUUGAGAGUGACACCAGAUUGUCUGCUUCCUUCUCUCAAGAGACUAAGGAUUGAAUCCAGCAAUGCCAUGUUGCUAAGUGAAGGAUCAUUUGCAGCCGAACUCACCUCUCUUACUUCCCUUCAAAUAAGUAACUGUGAAAAGCUUGAGGUUCUGCCGGAAUGGUUGCUAGAGAACAAUAAAAAUUCCCUCCGCCAUUUGAGUAUCAUGAAAUGUCCCAAGUUGGAGGCUAUUCCCAGGGAAAAUCUACAAGUCCUCACAUCUCUGAAGACAUUGAGGAUAACUGAUUGCCUGUCUAUGCCUAAUAUUUUAUGCUUGGAUGAUCUUCAAAUGUUGAGAUUGGAGAAAGACAAUGCAUGUGAAGAAAUUCGGCUGUCUAAUGUUGAUAGCUCACUGUCAGUGCUCUCCAUCGCACUAGAACCAGAACCAGAACCAGAACCAGAGUCAGAGACAGAACCAGACCMAGAACCAGAACCAGAGUCAGAGACAGAACCAGACCGAGAACCAGAACCAGAGUCAGAGACAGAACCAGACCCAGAACUAGAACCAGAACUUGAAUUUUAUGCGGCAUGCGAAGAAUUUUGACAUUCAGCUGUCAAUAGGGCUUUCCUUGGGAGGUUGUCUGGAUUUUCUCCUAGUGGUUGUAGUCAGGUUGUCUUUAGUCAGUUGCUUCCUGGUUUGGUUGGUCUUGUCAGGUUGCUGUUAUGGUCACUUUGCCCCUCUGUUCUUGUCUCUAUGUUGCUAAUAAAUUGAUCUUUUCAAAAAUGAAAAAAAAAAUCAGAGACUCACAAUGGAGGGUAAGGGGGGUGUUUAAAGCACAAUAUUUUACGUGAGAUAUGGGAAUAGCGCUGUUUUCUUCCCUUAAUUUCUCUUGUAACUCUAUCAAUAAAUCUUAUAUUGUGAUGCCUCUCCACAAAAUAAUGUGAUAUGUAUCUAGUUACCUUCUACAAAAAAGCAGUAUAUAUAUAUCCAGUUUCCUCGGUUUA